UCUGCUCAUGACUUUGCCUUUAGACUUGACGAUCCGCAAUCAUUCGCUUCGCCAAGAGACGCGAAGAAGGCAGCUCAAACUAGCCCAGGCAUCGCUGUGCAAGAACCGACUCCGCCUACAAGCGACGACAUUGCAUCACCAUCCCAAGCAGAAGCCCUGCUGUCGGCACAAAUAUCCGCUGCAGCCUUGCCGUUGGAGUCCACUACAACAUACACGCACCGUAUGACCACCGUUCUGCGUAAACGCACGCGCGACGACUUCUUCGAAGACCUCGAGUCCGAAGCGCAGACAAGCACGCCGCCACGCCCUGUAAAGCGGCGGGCGUUGCACGUUAUCGAGGAGGGCAAGUUCGGCACGACGACCCUUCGCGAAAUAAACAAGCCCGGCACGGUAUUCAGGAAUGGCAGGCGUCGUAGUGGCGUGGAUGAGCUGCCGUCCGCUGCUGCUGUCCAAGCGGCGAGCAAGGUAAAGGAGCCGGAGAAGGGCUCGGAGCAGUGGCCGCCCAAGUGGGAGAAGCGCAAGGGCAAGGAACCUGUGUCUGGCCCGCGAACCUCGGCUAGUCCGGUGAAGACGGGUGAGAGCUCCAAGGCGCUUACGCUGGCUGCUCAGGAAGUCACAAAGGAAGGGGAAGGGGAAGAGGAAGAAGAGUUCUAUCCCUUCUUCGAACCUAGUCCAGAGCGCGAGGCCGCCGGUCAAGAUGUGGCACGAGAAGCUCCCGCGGCAUCUACUGACGAUGGGUUUGACAAGGAAGAGCUAUUUGCUCCAUCUCCAGUGAAACGAGCAAGCUAUCGCAACAUGCCACCGCCUUCACCGCCUCAAGCGGGGCCAUCCAUGACCACAAGCAAGUCCCCGGCCAAAACUCUAUUCCGCCCGCAGUUCUCCACGAAGGGAAAGGAACCCGCACACGAGUCGACCCUACCUGUACCUAACCCAUCCCCAGUCAGGCGACACACCUUCCAUAACAACACUCUUGCCUCAACCUCACACGGUUCGCACUCAAGUCGCCAUAACGUACGCCCGCGGUACUCUCUCCCGACCACACACACAGCCUCGCCGCUUCCCGAGGUUGCGAUCGACGGUGUUGUCAUCACACCCGAAGACCACCGGCUGGUGCUCGAGGCGGGCGUGGAGACCAUCAUGCGACAGCUUGCAGCAAACACGGGCUUCGGGCCCGACGUCGUGCGCACGGCAUGGCGCCUCACGCGCCGCUUCUCGCUCGCGGAGGAGUGGCUCCGCCGCAUGUGCGUUGUCCUCGCUGAGAAUGCGGACGAUGUCACCCGCGAAGUUGUUGGCGAGUCCGGGGGUGAAGACCAUGUUGAUCAGCCUCGUGAGCAGGACGAUGCGCCGAUGGAGAGUGAAGUGUACUACCCGCCCGAGCAUUCGCGUGCGUGGCUUUUGGAACAGUCGAGAGUGGAGGAGGGGAUGCAGAAUCACGACGAAGAACAGGAACAAAUCCCUCCUGCGCCUGCUGGCCCGGAGCCGCGAGCAAGCCGCGCCUUGAACUCUCGUGCAAAUCGAGCGCAGAUGAUCCGGGACAAGACGCGGCGGCGUGGGUCGUGAUGUGCAGCUGUUGACGCAUAUAUCGUAACGGUCCUUCACAGUAUAUCAAUAUACCUCUCGUACAGCAAGUCGUAAUGCGGCUUCCGAGCGAAUGCCAGUCAUAAAAAUGACCAUAAAUUUAACAAGUUU